CUCGUCGAGCCCUCUGCUCGACCACCUGUCCUCUGCUCUACACCGACUGCUGUCACUGCCGCCGCCGACCUCGACCAUGGGCAAGCACAUCCUCAACGACCCCAAGACGGCCAUCUCCGACUCGCUCAAGGGCCUCGCCUUCCUCAACCCCACCACCGAGCUGUACGACUCGACCCUCCUCCUUCGCUCCCCGGCCAAGGACCGCGUCCACCUCUUGUGCGGCGGCGGCGGCGGUCACGAGCCCGCACAUGCCGCCUUCGUCGGCGACGGCAUGCUGAGCGCCGCCGUCAGCGGCCAGGUGUUUGCGUCGCCCAACGCUGGCCAGGUCGAGAAAGCCCUCGCGCGCCUCUCGCUCGCAAAGGGCACCCUCAUCGUCGUCAAGAACUACACGGGCGACGUCCUCCAGUUCGGCCUCGCCAAGGAGCGUUACUCGGCGACCCACCUCGACUCGGACUCGGUGCGCAUGAUCGUCGUCGGCGACGACGUGUCGGUCCCGCGCUCGCAGGGCGCGCUCACCGGCCGGCGCGGCCUGACGGGCACCGUCCUCGUGUACAAGCUCGCCGGCGCGCUCGCGGCCCAGGGCGCGAGCCUCGACGACGUCGAGCACGUCGCGAGGGUCGUCAGCGAGCGGUGCGGGACCAUCGGUAUGGGUCUCGAGCACUGCCACGUGCCCGGGACCGAGAAGGGAGAGGCGUACCUCAAGGACGACGAGGCCGAGAUUGGCAUGGGCAUCCACAACGAGCCGGGCAUUCGCAAGGUGUCGCCCAUCCCGUCGGCGGCCAAGCUCGUCGACGAGUUCCUGACGACGCUCACGUCGACCUCGGACGAGGAGCGCUCGUACCUCCCGUUCGAGAAGGACGGCAACGAGGUCAUCCUCGUCGUCAACAACCUCGGCGGCCUGCCCGAGCUCGAGCUCGGCGUCGUCGUCAAGGAGGCGGCAGAGUGGCUCGCCAACAAGCACAUCAAGGUCAAGCGUGCCGUCGCCGGCUCGUUCAUGACGUCGCUCAACCUGCCGGGCUUCUCCCUCACGCUCCUCCUCCUCCCCCGCGAGGGCAUCCCCUCUCCCGCCUCGGCCUCGUCCUCGACCUCGUCCCUCUCGGUCACGUCCGACCUCCUCGUCGACCUGUUUGACGCGCCGACCGACGCGCCGGCGUGGAAGUGGACGUUCAAGGGCGAGCCCAACAUGAAGGUAGAGAAGGCGGACGAGCGCAAGGCGGCCAAGAAGGAGGACUUUCCCCCUCGCGUCCGCGCAGCCACCGACUCGAAGCUCUUCAUGUCGGCGCUGUCCGAGGCGCUCAAGUCGGUCAUCCACGCCGAGCCCGAGAUUACGCGCUACGACACGAUCGCGGGCGACGGCGACGCCGGGCUCACGCUCAAGGCCGGCGCCGAGGGCAUCCAGGACGCCAUCGGCGCCAACCGCGUGUCGGACACGGACGUCGUCGCCGCCAUGGUCGCCAUCUCGGCCGUCGUCGAGAAGGACAUGGGCGGCACGAGCGGCGGGCUGUACGCCAUCCUGCUGAGCGCGCUGAGCAAGGGGUUGCUCGAGGCGGCGAGGGACCAGGAUGCCAAGGAGGCGACGCAGGAGGUUUGGGCGCGCGGGCUCGAGCUCGCCCUCAACACCCUGUACCAGUACACGCGCGCGCGCCCUCCCUCGCGCACGCUCGUCGACCCGCUCUCGUCCUUCAUCCUCACCCUCUCGUCGGCACCCUCGGACCCCAAGACGCUCUCGCAGGCGUUCAAGGCGGCCAAGGAGGCGGCCGAGGCGACGCGCGACCUCGACGCCAAGGCGGGCCGGGCGGCCUACGUCGACCAGGAGAAGAUCAGGGAGGCGGCCGUGCCGGAUGCGGGUGCGUGGGGCGUGUGGAAGCUUCUCGAGGGCGUGCAGAAGGUGCUUAGCCAGUAGAGGGAGGUGCGGUCCCGCCGACGUCGUCGUCUCGGGGCGGCGGCGGGCUCGGCGGCCUGAGCGCUUCCUUCUCUCCUUUUGUCUAUACGUGUCCGCUCUCUCUCUCGAGGUGCAAUCAGAAGACCCUGUCUCGAGCA